GGAUUAAAGAGUUUACUAUUGAAAAUAAUGAAGAAUUUAACAGCGUGGGUACUGGGACGAUUUAUGUGCAAGACUGUAUCCUAUAUCCAAGGAGUAUCGGUUGCUGCCUCCGUCUACAGCCUCGUCGCUGUUUCCUUGGACAGAUUUUUGGCGAUAUGGUGGCCAAUGAAGUGUCAGAUAACAAAACGACGAGCUCGAAUGAUAAUAGUUGUAAUAUGGUUUAUAGCGUUAACAGCAACCUCUCCGUGGCUUUUAUUUUUCGACUUGAUAAAAUACGGUGAUGACCCGGAGAUGAGGUUUUGCGUUGAGCGUUGGCCGCGCCCCCAAGACGGCACACUAUUUUUCCUAAUCGGUAAUCUUUUGCUGUGCUACGUACUCCCGAUGAUACUAAUAUCCUUGUGCUACAUCCUUAUCUGGAUAAAAGUAUGGCGUCGUAAUAUACCUACAGACACCAAGGACGCCCAAAUGGAAAGGAUACAACAAAAAUCAAAGGUAAAGGUUGUUAAAAUGUUGGUUGUUGUUGUUAUACUAUUUGUAUUGUCCUGGCUACCGCUCUACGUAAUAUUUGCACGAAUAAAACUUGGUGGAGAACAAGCUGAAUGGGAAGAAGAGGUACAAAUGAUAGCUACGCCUAUUGCCCAGUGGUUGGGUUCUAGUAAUUCAUGCAUUAAUCCCAUUCUUUAUGCAUUUUUUAAUAAAAAAUAUCGCCGUGGAUUUAUGGCUAUACUUAAAAGUGGCCGUUGUUGCGGUAAACUCAGGUAUUAUGAGACAGUCGCUAUUAUGUCUUCAUCAACGAGCAUGAGAAAGUCUUCAUACUAUGUUAACAAUAAUUCAUCAACACGACUGAUUGAUUGA